AUUCUGUUCAUCGCCAUGGCAUCUUCACGCAUAUUCGUGAAAGGCCUGCCGCCCACCUUCGAUGAAGCACAGUUUCGCAAGCAUUUUGGGCAAAAGGGCCAGAUCACCGAUGCAAAGAUCUUCCCCAAUCGUCGCAUAGGCUAUGUUGGCUUCAAGACCAGCGAGGAUGCCCAGAAGGCGGUCAAGUACUUCAACAAGACUUUUAUUCGCAUGUCUCGUAUUGGUGUUGAGAUCGCCCGACCCAUCGACGAAAGCCCUGCUUCAAGAAGAAAUCCCACAGCUAAGGUCACAGGUGCUAACGAGCAGCCCCUCGCCGAGAAUAACCAGUUGAAGCGCAAGCGAGACACUGACAGCAAACCCCACGAAGAUGCCGCCAAAGAGGACCCCAAGCUGAAGGAGUUCCUCGAUUCAUAUAAGUCCAAGAGCGACAAAAAGGCUCUGGUGGCCGAUGCUAUGGCGCAUCCGAUAGCAAUGGCUGAGAACGACGAGACCGCAGUGAUAAUCGAGGCCGGCGCAAGCGACGAUGAAUAUGAACAGGUCCCGAAGAAAGCGAAACGCACGACGUCGAUUCCGAAGCCGGUGCAUGAAGACUCCAUGCCCGAUGCGCCUGUAGAGGUGGUGGUCGCCGAGCCUGCUGGCAAUAUUGAACAGCAGCCAGAAGCGAGCGGGAAAAUGGCAAUGACUGAUGACGAGUGGGCACGAUCUCGAACAAGUCGACUGCUGGGCUUGUUAGACGAUGAAGAUGAGGAGAUAUCGCAUGCGAAACAGGACGACUCCGAUUCCGACACUGAAGUUGUACGCCCGAGUCGUGCUGAGACACGACUCUCUACACCGGCUCCAGAGCCCAGGUCGUCCAUACCGACGCCGCCUGCAGAAGAAGAGCGCGAGGACGAUGUGCCCGAUAAGGAUAUAGAGGCGGUGCGAUCCACAAUGCGUCUUUUCGUGAGGAAUCUGUCCUACGACGUCAGCUAUGAAGACCUCGAAGCCGAAUUCUCGUCAUUUGGCAACUUAGAACAGAUACAUAUACCGCUGGACAAGACGACGGGGUCUUCUAAAGGGUUCGCGUACGUCCAAUACACUGACCCUGACUCCGCCGAAAAGGCGCUGGUUGAUCGGGAUGGACGUACUUUCCAGGGCAGGCUGAUCCAUAUCUUGCCUGCGACGGCUAAACGAGAGAACAAAAUUGAUGAGUUCGAGCUGGCGAAGCUGCCCUUGAAGAAACAACAGGAGAUCAAGCGGAAACGAGAAGCAGCCAAUACAGUUUUCAAUUGGAACGCCCUUUACAUGAACCAAGAUGCCGUUAUCUCCAGCGUAGCGACUCGCCUGGGUCUGGCAAAGUCGGAAGUGCUUGAUCCUACAUCCAGCGAUGCUGCGGUUAAACAGGCGCAUGCAGAGACGCACAUUAUCCAGGAAACAAAGUCUUACUUCCGGCAACAAGGCGUCGAUCUCGACUCGUUCAAGAAAAGCGCGCGUGGUGACACCGUCAUUCUUGUCAAAAACAUUCCAGCAGACUGCAGCCGAGAUGAGCUGAGGCGGCUAUUUGAUGAGCAAGGGGACGUCAAGCGAUUUCUCAUGCCACCGGCCGGUACAAUAGCAAUUGUGGAGUAUGGCAACGCUGCACAGUGUAAGGCAGCGUUUGGGACGCUGGCGUAUCGGCGGGUGAAGUCGUCCGUGCUGUUUCUCGAGAAGGCGCCGAAGGACGUAUUUUCCGCCAAGCCAGUCGAUGAACAAAGCGCGCAGUCGACUCCUGAGGGCGUCAGUAAGCUUUCUACGUCAGAGUUGAAAGACAGCACGGUUGCAGACACUGCUGGCUCGGCCACGCUGUUUGUGCGCAAUCUGAACUUCAGUACUACGACAUCUCUUCUCACCGAGACCUUCAAGCCCCUCGAUGGUUUCUUGAACGCUCGCGUCAAGAUGAGGACUGACCCCAAACGUGGCCAGCUCAGCAUGGGUUUCGGCUUCCUUGAGUUCCAAACUCCUAAGCACGCUCAAGCAGCUCUACAAGCCAUGGACGGUUACAGUCUUGAAGGCCAUAAAUUACAGAUUCGCGCGUCCCACAAAGGUGAAGACGCAGCCGAAAAGCGCAAGCAAGCUGAUAAAGCCAAGAAAGCUGCGACAACGAAAGUUAUCAUCAAGAACUUGCCAUUUGAGGCUACCAAAAAGGAUGUUCGAGCACUAUUUGGGGAGUAUGGCCAACUGCGAAGUGUGCGUGUUCCGAAAAAGAUGGAUCGUGGGGCUCGAGGGUUCGCUUUUGCGGACUUUACUACUGUCAAAGAGGCCCAGAGCGCAAUGGACGCACUGAAGGAUACCCAUUUGCUAGGGAGAAGACUUGUGCUAGAUUUUGCCGAGGAGGAUCCCGAAGAUGCUGAGAAGGAAAUUGAGAAGAUGCAGCAGAAGAUCGGAGCCCAGGUCAACAAAGUUGCGUUACAGAAGCUCACUGAAGGCGGAAAGAGGAAGAAGUUUACGGCGGCGGGACAGCAGGACGGCGAGGACGAUGCGUAGAGGUAAGGUACCUAGGUAGGUGUACAACAGAUGAGGUUGAGGAUGCUAUAAUCCUCAGCCAUAUCCACGCCACGGUACCGACAUAAGCACCAGCCACU